AUGAAACAGGUAUAUGUCAUUUGUGGUUCAGAUUGCAAGACCGUAAAGCAGCAGAAAGUACAUAACUUACUAAGAAUCUGUGAAAAACAAAUCGCUCAAAAGUUAUUAAAUGCAGCUAAGUUGCUCCAAGAUCAUGUAUAUACCGAAACAGCAGUGAUGUGUGGUACAGAAGACGUUUUUGCAGUAGAUAUCUACUAUCACAGCUAUUGUUGUAAAGACUACGUCAACAAGUACAACUUGAAAAUUGCAGAACUUGAUUUUCAGAACACGGCAUACAGUCUUUCUUUCAUCAGAGACAAGCUACCUGUUUCUCAAGAUCGGAUUUCAGUCGGGCUACGAUCAAAGGUGAAGUGUCAGGAACUUAUCCGGAUGGGACCAAUGAAACAUAGAGGAGAGAUAGACGUAUCAGCACAAGAUACAUUCACUGUGGUAACAUCGAAUGGUGAACCUAAUUCUUCAACCUUAGAUGAAUGUCCUUUUGGAAACGUAUCAAUUGCUAGUGGCACUAAUACAACUGAGACAGUUACAACUACACCAGAAGCUGACGCACAUUUAACAACAAGCCCAAUAACAGAUGCAAGCGGCAUUCCAUCCAUAAAAUCGAUCAGUUUGGACUAUUUUCUGUGGCUUGUUAAUCGAUUAUCCAAAAGGAUAAUCGAGGAAGACAUCCAAGAUUACCUAAAAGAAAAAUCACGGCAAUUCCAGUCAUUUGCUUAUUGGUUUAGGUAUGUUUUCGAGCUUUUUUGAAUAGCAAGAGAUCUUACAAAUUCAAUGCGUUCUGGUGACUGGAUACUUUAUCUUAGCACUGUUGAGAGAGCAACCUCGCUGUUUUUCUUUUCUGGAUGGACACCUUUAUUCCUGCAGGAUUGUUAUCAAUUAAAAGAUAAGUUUCUACUUCUCUACAAGCUCAUACAGGAAUGGCGGAUUUGUUGUAAAUACCAACAGAACAGGCAGUGGGGUUCGGUUUGACCAAGCUCUGGAGCAAAGCUACAACCGACCUGCUAAAGUUAGCAGAGGUAUAAUUGGUGUUACUAGAAAGAAAGACGCUGUGGCUUUGUGGGGUAUCAUCAAACACAAGAAAGAUGAAUACGUUCACCUUUUUAAGAUGCAAGAUGGUGUAGAUGGAGAACUGUUUGUUCAUCACAAUUUUAACCAGAGUAGUGCGAAGAAGAUAAAAGAGUUGGUGCAAGACUUUGAAGAAUGUCCUUACAGGAGAGAUUGUGUCCAAAGUAGACUUAAGCAAGCUGUUGUGCUGUACUCUAAGAUAACCUAGUGGUGCUUUUAUUGAAUUUGUUGAAAAUCGUAUACAAGACUUUUUGUUUCCAUACACUCCACAAUAAGCAAGAUUAAAUAUUCCUCACCUCCAGUUUCAAAACAUUUGGCUUCAAAGGCAGACAUCAAAGACAAGACUAUCAAAGCUCUGAUAUUUAUUGAAUAUGGUUGUCACUGUGGUUUCCCUGCAGAAGAGCUACUCGUCCAUGAAAUAACCAGCUCCGCUUUCUUCUUGGUUGACAAGGAUCGCUAUGUGAAAAAGAGCGUGAAAUCCCAGUUGGGGACAGAGUUGUUGAAGCUAUGUCCAGAAAUAGACGCAAAAGGCCUGACAACACCAAACAAAGCUUAUAUUACCGACUUCAUGGCAAUGGUUAGAAAAACCCCAUUUAAGGAACUGGAACCACCUGUGAAGAUAUUCAACGACCUUGCAGUUGCCUGA